GCGUGCAACCUCCUAGUGUUUACAUGUCUCUGUCUCAGCUGAUGCCACUGAGCACUAUUAGGAAGCAUUUAUUGAAGCGUGACGUGCAAAAGUGCACUUUAACAUUGAUUUUUAGAAAUCUGAGCCUUAAGGCAAAAAGGGUCAUCUAGUCAGCUUGACUUUUGGCAGAGAUGUACAACAACAGCUACUCCCGGCCCAAAGUAACAUUGGAGAAGAAGGUCACUUACAAAUCCAAGGACAAAAGCUGUGGCUAUUACUGGCGGAUAGUUUUUUUCUUCUCUUCACUAAUACAGUCGCUCAUUAUAAUCAGCUUGGUGCUGUUCUUGGUGUACGGACAACCUGGGAAGACUCCUGAGGAGAAGAGGGUGGAGGAGCUGGAGAACGGCUACAACAAGCUGUCCAAAGAAAACACAGAGCUAAGGAAGGACAAAGCCAGUCUCACCAGCUCACUGAAGACGAGGACAACAGAGAAAGAAACGGCUGAGAAAAAGCUGACGAAGCUCACAGCAGAGUUAGACACCGCAAAAUCAAAUUGCACCAGACUUCACAAUGCACUAGCAAGUUGUAAUGCAAAUAAACCACCACCAGCACCUCGCAUUACUCCAAUACAUAUGCCAUCAGUCAGCACUUCAAACGCACAAAUUAAACAUUUACAGACUUCUUUGGAUCACCAGAAAGCUCUAAAUGGAUAUCUGCAGAGCAAUUUCAAUCAAACAGUGGAAAGCCUUAAGCUUAACUUGGAACGCGUGACAAAAGAGAAGAAGGCGCAGGAGACGACUAUGUUGCAACUAAGGCAACAAAAAGAAGAACUGACUGCCGAACUUCAACUUUACAGGAAGAAAUGCAAGGAGGAGUUUAUUUCCUCUCUGCAGGGCAUUCAGAAUGUUACCACUGCCUUUCUGGCGAAAAUCGCUAACCUCUUUCCUGAUACUUACACCUUCCUCCUCACAUGUGAAAAGCAGAGGGAACAGAUGGAUGCGAUCAAAUCCAACUGCACCAGUCUGUCCCGGGAAGUGGAGACCAAAUUCCAAAGCUACUUGAACAAUGUUGGCGAGAAAGUCUCGACCUUCCAGGCCCAGAGCAGCCACCAUGAAGUGCAGAACAGACGACUGACAUCAGAUCUGCAGAGGUGCAGGCAGACCCACACUGAAGAAACUGAAAGGUGCAAGAAGUUGCUAUUGGAAGCCCAGGAGACACAGGACAGGGUGGUGGAGCCACUGCUGCAGGCCCAGAAACUACUGAUGCAUGAAAAGCAAUUGCUGCAGUCCACUUGUGCAUCAAAGCCUUCUAUGCCUAGACCCUCUGGACAUGAUCCUCCAGUGGUCUACGGACAUCAAAGCAGGCCAGGGAUGAGCUCACCUGGAGGUGCAACAGGCAAAAGAUAACCACCAAAAGGUCAGCGACAGUGUGCUUCAGUCUUCAAGCCGGUCGCAGAAGAGCUUCUAUGUUUGUGACUUUUGAGGUUUUAACUGGUAAUCCAUUAUUAAUAAUACUGUGACAGCAAUAGCAUAUGCGUUGUACAUAGAAUAGAAUGAAUGUUUGUAUGAACUUGUAUUUGUAUUUAUGUAUAAAUGUAUUUUGAACAUUUUUGGCAACAAUGUGACAUGGAUGCUAAAAGGAAAUGGAGACUUAGAUGAAUAACAAUUAUGCUAAAAUCUAUUCAAAGUGGUUCAGUCGUUGACUGUGUGUAAAUUGUCUACAUCAUCUCAAAAACCCUCAAUGUGAGUUCUGUAAAAUAAUGUUAAAUAGACUGCAAACUUUGUUAUUGAAUUACAAUUAAAUGAUACUUGUAUAGGUGCUAGCAAUGUAAAUUUAUCAUAGAGGCUUUGUAAAGAUUUGAGUUGAAGUUAAAAAGCUUAAUAGAUUUUUCUGAUACACAAGUAUUUUUAAGUGUUUGACUAUUAUUUGAAAUCCCAUUAAAUAAUAGAUUCAA